AGCCGGGAUCGCGGGCGCGGGCGGAGCCAGAGGCGGCUGGGAGGCAGUGUCCGCACGCCGCCGCUGGAGCUGGGCGGCCGGGCCUCUGCGUUUCAGGUGUGACAGCUGGGAGGAAGCUGGAGGAAAGAUGCCCUCCGAGUCUUUCUGUUUGGCGGCCCAGGCUCGACUGGACUCCAAAUGGUUGAAAACAGAUAUACAGCUCGCCUUCACCAGAGAUGGGCUCUGUGGACUGUGGAAUGAGAUGGUUAAAGACGGAGAAAUUGUAUACAACGGGGCAGAACUACCCCCGACCGGAGACCUGCCUGCUAGGAAAGAUGAUGGUGUUGAUACUCAGAGUGGGACGAAGAAAGAAGACCUGAAUGAGAAAGAAAAGAAGGACGAAGACGAAGCUCCCGUGCCUGCGCACCGGUCCAAGUCUAUCCUCGAGAGCUGGGUGUGGGGCAAGCAGCCAGACGUGAACGAAUUGAAGGAAUGCCUUUCUGUGUUGGUCAAGGAGCAGCAGGCCCUGGCCAUCCGGUCGGCCACCACCACCCUCUCAGCCCUGAGGCUCAAGCAGCGGCUGGUCAUCCUGGAGCGGUAUUUCAUUGCCUUGAAUAGGACCGUUUUCCAGGAGAACGUCAAAGUGAAGUGGAAAAGCAGCAGCGUUUCUCUGCCUCCUGCAGACAAGAAAAGCUCCCGGCCCCCGGGCAAGGGCGUGGAGGGCCUGGCCCGAGUGGGGUCCCGAGCAGCGCUGUCCUUCGCCUUUGCGUUCCUGCGGAGGGCCUGGCGGUCAGGCGAGGAUGCGGACCUCUGCAGUGAGCUGUUGCAGGAAUCCCUGGAUGCUCUGAGAGCGCUGCCCGAGGCCUCACUCUUUGACGAGAGCGCUGUGUCCUCUGUGUGGCUGGAGGUGGUGGAGAGAGCCACCCGCUUCCUCCGGGCUGUGGUGACGGGGGAUGUUCAUGGAACGCCAGCUCCCAAAGGGCCGGGCAGCGUCCCCCUGCAGGACCAGCACCUGGCCCUGGCCAUCCUGCUGGAGCUGGCUGUGCAGAGAGGCACGCUGAGCCAAAUGCUGUCGGCCGUCCUGCUGUUGCUGCAGCUGUGGGACAGCGGGACCCAGGAGACGGACAACGAGCGCUCCGCCCAGGGCACCAGCGCGCCCCUCCUCCCUCUGCUGCAGCGAUUCCAGGGCAUGAUCUGCGGCAAGGACGCCCCUCACGCAGAGGGAGAAACGCACCUCCUGUCUGGCCCUCUGAGCCCCAAUGAGAGUUUCCUGCGGUACCUUGUUCUCCCGCAAGACAGCGAGCUCGCCAUCGACUUGCGGCAAACCGCCGUUGUGGUCCUGGCGAACUUAGACCGCCUGGCGGCGCCCUGCACGCCCCCGCUGUGCAGCUCCCCCACGUCCCACAAGGGGUCCUUGCAGGAAGUCAUAGGCUGGGGGCUGAUAGGAUGGAAGUGCUACGCCAACGUGAUCGGCCCCAUUCAGAGCGAAGGCCUGGCCACCCUGGGGGUCACGCAGAUCGCCUGUGCGGAGAAGCGCUUCCUGAUCCUGUCGAGGAACGGCCGCGUGUACUCGCAGGCCUACAACAGCGACACGCUGGCCCCGCAGCUGGUCCAGGGUCUUGCCUCCAGAAACAUCGUGAAAAUUGCCGCCCACUCCGACGGUCACCACUACCUGGCCUUGGCGGCCACUGGAGAGGUGUACUCCUGGGGCUGUGGGGACGGCGGACGGCUGGGCCACGGGGACACCGUACCCCUGGACGAGCCCAAGAUGAUCUCCGCCUUCUCCGGCAAGCAGGGCGGGAAGCACGUGGUGCACAUCGCCUGCGGGAGCACCUACAGCGCAGCCGUCACCGCCGAGGGCGAGCUCUACACCUGGGGCCGCGGGAACUACGGCCGCCUGGGCCACGGCUCCAGUGAAGACGAGGCCAUUCCGAUGCUGGUGGCUGGGCUCAAAGGACUGAAGGUCAUCGACGUGGCUUGCGGGAGCGGGGACGCACAGACACUGGCGGUGACAGAGAAUGGUCAGGUGUGGUCCUGGGGAGAUGGUGACUAUGGGAAACUGGGCAGAGGCGGUAGUGAUGGCUGCAAAACGCCCAAGCUGAUCGAAAAGCUUCAAGACUUGGAUGUUGUCAAAGUACGGUGUGGAAGUCAGUUUUCCAUUGCUUUGACAAAAGACGGCCAAGUGUACUCAUGGGGCAAAGGCGACAGCCAGAGACUUGGGCACGGGACAGAGGAACACGUCCGUUACCCCAAACUCCUGGAGGGCUUGCAAGGGAAGAAGGUGAUUGAUGUGGCCGCGGGCUCCACCCACUGCCUGGCUCUGACCGAGGACAGCGAGGUCCACAGCUGGGGGAACAACGACCAGUGCCAGCACUUUGACACCUUGCAUAAGACCAAGCCAGAACCGUCUGCACUGCCCGGGCUGGAUACCAAGCACAUAGUUGGGAUAGCCUGUGGGCCAGCCCAGAGCUUUGCCUGGUCGUCUUGUUCCGAGUGGUCCAUCGGCCUCCGCGUCCCUUUUGUGGUGGACAUCUGCUUGGUGACUUUCGAGCAGCUGGACCUCCUGCUGCGGCAGGUGAGCGAGGGGAUGGACGGCACAGCGGACUGGCCGCCACCCCAGGAGAAAGAGUGCAUGGCGGUGGCCACGCUGAACCUUCUGCGGCUGCAGUUGCAUGCUGCCAUCAGCCACCAGGUUGACCCGGAGGCGCUUGGUUUAGGUCUCGGCAGUGUCCUGCUUGGCAGCCUGAAGCAGACCGUGGUGGCCCUGGCCAGCAGUGCGGGCGUGCUGGGCACUGUGCAGGCGGCCGCCCAGGCCGUGCUGCAGAGCGGGUGGUCCGUGCUGCUGCCCACGGCCGAGGAGCGGGCCCGGGCACUGUCUGCGCUGCUGCCCUGCGCAGGCAACGAAGUUAAUGUAAGUCCAGGCCGGCGCUUCAUGAUUGAUCUCCUGGUGGGCAGUUUGAUGGCCGAUGGGGGCUUAGAGUCAGCCUUGAACGCGGCCAUCACCGCGGAAAUCCAGGAUAUUGAAGCCAAGAAAGAAGCACAGAAGGAAAAAGAAAUUGAUGAACAGGAAGCAAAUGCCUCAACAUUUCACAGAAGUAGGACUCCAUUGGAUAAGGACCUUAUUAACACAGGAAUCUAUGAAUCUUCUGGAAAACAGUGUUUGCCUCUGGUUCAGCUCAUUCAACAGCUUCUUAGAAACAUUGCUUCCCAGACGGUGGCCAGGUUGAAGGAUGUGGCCCGUCGCGUUUCGUCGUGUAUGGACUUCGAGCAACACUGCCGGGACAGAUCUGCGUCCUUGGACUUGCUGCUGCGGUUUCAGCGCCUGCUUAUCAGUAAACUGUACCCAGGAGAAAGUAUCGGUCAGACCUCAGAUAUUCCUAGUCCCGAGCUCAUGGGAGUGGGUUCCCUGCUGAAGAAGUACACGGCCCUGCUGUGCACUCACAUCGGGGACAUUCUGCCCGUGGCCGCCAGCAUCGCGUCCGCCAGCUGGCGCCACUUUGCCGAGGUGGCCAGCAUCGUGGAAGGGGACUUCACGGGUGUCCUCCUUCCAGAACUCGUCGUUUCCAUCGUCCUCCUGCUCAGUAAAAACGCCAGUCUCAUGCAGGAGGCGGGCGCCGUCCCCCUGCUGGGCGGCCUCUUGGAGCACCUGGACCGCUUCAACCACCUGGCACCGGGGAAGGAGCGGGACGACCAGGAAGAGUUAGCGUGGCCCGGCAUCAUGGAGUCAUUUUUUACGGGACAGAACUGUAGAAAUAAUGAGGAGGUGACCCUCAUUCGCAAAGCCGACUUGGAGAACCACAAUAAAGAUGGGGGCUUCUGGACCGUCAUCGACGGGAAAGUGUACGACAUAAAGGACUUCCAGGCCCAGUCCCUGACCGGCAGCAGCAUUCUCGCUCAGUUUGCCGGGGAAGACCCAGUGGUAGCUCUGGAAGCUGCCCUCCAGUUUGAAGACACGCGGGAGUCCAUGCACGCCUUCUGCGUGGGCCAGUACCUGGAGCCUGACCAAGAAGUUGUCACCAUUCCAGACCUGGGGAGCCUGUCGUCACCUCUGAUAGACACGGAGCGGAACCUGGGCCUGCUCCUCGGAUUACACGCCUCCUACCUGGCUAUGAGCACGCCGCUGUCUACCGUUGAGGUCGAAUGCGCCAAGUGGCUGCAGUCGUCCAUCUUCUCGGGAGGCUUGCAGACCAGCCAGAUCCACUACAGCUACAAUGAGGAGAAAGACGAGGACCACUGCAGUUCCCCCGGGGGCACCCCCGCCAGCAAGUCCCACCUCUGCACCCACAGACGGGCCCUGGGCGACCACUCCCAGGCCUUCCUGCAAGCCCUGGCCGACAAUAACAUCCAGGAUCACAAUGUGAAGGACUUCCUGUGCCAAAUAGAGAGGUGCUGCAGGCAGUGCCACUUGACCACGCCCAUCACGUUCCCGCCCGAGCACCCCGUGGAAGAGGUGGGCCGCCUGCUGCUCUGCUGCCUCCUGAAACAUGAAGAUUUAGGACACGUGGCCCUGUCUUUGGUUCACGCCGGCACGCUCGGUAUCGAGCAAGUGAAGCACAGAGCGCUGCCCAAGUCCGUGGUGGACGUGUGCAGGGUUGUCUACCAAGCCAAGUGCUCCCUCAUUAAGACGCACCAGGAGCAGGGCCGUUCUUACAAGGAGGUCUGCGCGCCAGUCAUUGAGCGUUUGAGGUUCCUCUUUAAUGAACUGAGACCCGCAGUCUGUAAUGACCUCUCCAUCAUGUCCAAGUUCAAACUGCUGAGCUCCCUGCCCCGCUGGCGGAGGAUUGCGCAGAAGAUAAUUCGAGAGCGAAGGAAAAAGAGAGUUCCUAAGAAGCCAGAAUCUACUGAUGAUGAAGAAAAAAUUGGAAAUGAAGAGAGUGAUUUAGAAGAAGCUUGCAUUCUGCCUCACAGUCCCGUAAAUGUGGACAAAAGACCCAUUGCAAUCAAAUCACCCAAGGAUAAGUGGCAGCCGCUGCUGAGCACGGUGACGGGCGUCCACAGGUACAAGUGGCUGAAGCAGAGUGUCCAGGGUCUCUCCCCGCAGUCGGCGCUGCUCGGUACGAUUGCCGAGUUCGCCCUGAAAGAAGAGCCGGUGGAUGUGGAGAAAAUGAGAAAGUGCCUCCUGAAACAGCUGGAGAGAGCGGAGGUUCGCCUGGAAGGGAUCGACACCAUCCUCAAGCUGGCGGCCAAAACCUUCCUGCUGCCCUCCGUGCAGUACGCCAUGUUCUGUGGGUGGCAGCGGCUUAUCCCGGAGGGGGUUGACAUUGGGGAGCCCCUUACAGAUUGUCUAAAGGAUGUUGAUUUGAUCCCACCUUUUAACCGGAUGCUGCUGGAGGUGACGUUUGGCAAGCUGUACACUUGGGCCGUCCAGAACAUUCGGAACAUUCUGAUGGAUGCCAACACCAAAUUUAAAGAGCUCGGGAUCCAGCCUGUCCCCCUGCAGACCAUCACCAACGAGAACCCCGCGGGACCGAGCCUGGGCACCACCCCGCAGGCCCGCUUCCUCCUGGUGAUGCUCAGCAUGCUGACCCUGCAGCACGGCGCGCACAACCUCAACCUCCUGCUCAACUCCGGCAUGCUCGCCCUGGCGCAGACCGCGCUGCGGCUCAUUGGCCCUAGUUGUGACAAUGUUGAAGAAGACAUGAGCGCGUCUGCCCGAGGCGCUUCGGCGACUGUCCUGGAAGAGACGAGGAAGGAGACGGCGCCGGCGCAGCUCCCAGUCUCCGGGCCAGAGCUGGCCGCCAUGAUGAAGAUCGGCACCCGCGUCAUGCGGGGCGUGGACUGGAAGUGGGGCGAUCAGGACGGGCCUCCCCCUGGCCUGGGCCGUGUGAUUGGUGAGCUGGGGGAGGACGGCUGGAUCAGGGUCCAGUGGGACACGGGCAGCACCAACUCCUACAGGAUGGGGAAAGAGGGCAAGUACGACCUCAAGCUGGCGGAGCUGCCGGCCUCCACCCAGGCCUCGGCAGAGGACUCGGACACAGAGGACGAUUCAGAAGCUGAGCAAACUGAUGGGAAUAUGCACCCCACGGCCAUGCUGCUGACCAGCACCGUGAACUUGCUGCAGACUCUGUGUCUCUCUGCGGGCGUCCACGCCGAUGUCAUGCAGAGCGAGGCCACCAAGACUCUGUGUGGGCUGCUGCGGACACUGGUGGAGAGUGGGACGGUGGACAAGACCUCGUCCCCGAGCAGGCUGGUGAGCCGGGAGCAGCACCGCGGCUGGUGCUCGCUGGGCUUCGUGCGCAGCAUCGCGCUCACUCCGCACAUGUGUGCCGCGCUCAGCUCCCCGCCGUGGAUCGCCCUGCUCAUGCGGGUCGUCGAGGGACACGCGCCCUUCACGGCUGCCUCGCUGCAGCGCCAGAUCUUAGCGCUGCAUCUCCUGCAGGCAGUGCUGCCGUCGUGGGACAAGGCCGAACGGGCCAAGGACAUGAAGGGCCUGGUGGAGAAGCUCUUCGGGUUCCUGGGCAGCCUGCUCACCACCUGCUCCUCAGACGUCCCGUUCCUCAGAGAGUCCACCCUGCGGAGGCGGAGGGCCCGGCCUCAGGCCUCGCUGACCGCCACCCACAGCAGCACCCUGGCGGAGGAGGCGGUGGCCCUGCUGCGCACGCUGCACUCGCUGGGCCAGUGGAACGGCCUCAUCAACAAGUACAUCAACUCGCAGCUGCAGUCCGUCACCCGCAGCUGCGGCGCCAAGCUGGCCGAUGGGGCCCUGCUGGAGGACUGCCCCCUGGACUCCGAGAGCCCUGAGGUGGGCGGUCUCAUGGCCGUCCUGGCUGUCAUCGGGGGCAUCGACGGCCGCCUGCGACUGGGGGGCCAGGUCACGCACGAGGAGUUUGGGGAAGGCACCGUGACGCGCAUCACCCCGAAGGGCAGGAUCACCGUGCAGUUCUCCGACAUGCGGGCGUGCCGCGUCUGCCCGCUGAGCCAGCUGAAGCCGCUGCCUGCCGUGGCGUUCAGCAUCACCAACCUGCCCUUCACAGAGCCCAUGCUCUCUGUAUGGGCUCAGCUGGUGAACCUCGCUGGAAGCAAAUUGGAAAAGCACAAAAUAAAGAAGUCACCCAAACAGGGAUUUUUAGGACAGGUGGACCUGGACCUGCUGAGGAGCCAGCAGCUGAAGCUGUACAUCCUGAAGGCGGGCCGGGCGCUGCUGCCCCACCAGGACCAGCUGCGGCAGAUCCUGUCCCAGCCCGCCCUGCAGGAGGCCGCGGCCGCGCCGACAGACGACGGCGCAGCUGCGUCCCCUGACCUGGGGGACAUGUCUCCCGAAGGGCCGCAGCCCCCGAUGAUCCUCCUGCAGCAGCUGCUGGCCUCGGCCACCCAGCCGUCCCCGGUGAAGGCCAUAUUCGACAAGCAGGAGCUCGAGGCGGCCGCGCUGGCUGUGUGUCAGUGUCUGGCUGUGGAGUGCACUCACCCGUCCAGCCCGGCGUCGGAGGAUGGCAGCCCCAGCGAGGCCACCACGCCCGUGUCCGCGCAGCAUCUGCGCCCCCUCCGAGCCAAGAAGCGCAAGCAGUCGCCGGUGCCCGCGCCGCCCACUGUGCGUCAGCUCAUGGAGAUGGGGUUCCCCAGAAGGAACAUCGAGUUCGCGCUCAAGUCGCUCACGGGCGCCUCUGGGAGCGCCUCUGGUUUGCCAGGCGUGGAGGCCCUGGUGGGCUGGCUGCUGGACCACGCUGACGCGCAGGUCACGGACCUCUCGGACGCAGACACGGGGUCUGAGGACUGUUCGGACGAGGAGGUGAUGGAGGACUUCGACGACAUGGCCUAUGCUAUGUCGACCGGUGCUGUGGUAACCGAGAGCCAGACUUACAAAAAGCGAGCGGACUUCCUGAGCAACGAUGACUACGCCGUGUACGUGAGGGAGAACAUCCAGGUGGGAAUGAUGGUGCGGUGCUGCCGGACGUACGAGGAGGUGUGCGAAGGAGACAUGGGCAAAGUGAUCAAGCUGGACAGGGACGGGCUGCACGACCUCAACGUGCAGUGUGACUGGCAGCACAAAGGCGGCACCUACUGGGUCCGCUACAUCCACGUGGAGCUGGCAGGCUACCCCCCGCCAAGCUUCCCUUCCCACAUCAAGAUCGGUGACAAGGUGCACGUCAAAGCCUCGGUGACCACCCCGAAGUACAAGUGGGGAUCCGUGACGCACCAGAGCGUGGGCGUCGUGAAAGCUUUCAGUGCCAAUGGGAAGGACGUCAUCGUUGACUUCCCUCAGCAGUCCCACUGGACGGGGCUCUUGUCUGAGAUGGAGCUGGUGCCCAGCAUCCACCCCGGGGUCACGUGCGAUGGCUGUCAGAUGUUCCCCAUCAAUGGGCCCAGGUUCAAGUGCAGGAACUGUGAUGACUUCGACUUCUGUGAAACGUGUUUCAAGACCAGAAAACACAACACCAGGCAUACAUUUGGCAGAAUAAAUGAGCCAGGACAGUCGGCCAUAUUCUGCGGCCGGUCCGGGAGGCAGCUGAAGCGGUGUCACAGCUGCCCGCCCGGGACGCUGCUGGACAGCUGGUCCCGCAUGGUGAAGUCCCUCACCGUGUCGUCCUCCGUGAACCAGGCCUCCCGGCUCAUCGACGGCAGCGAGCCCUGCUGGCAGUCGUCCGGCUCGCAGGGGAAGCACUGGAUCCGUUUGGAGAUUUUCCCAGAUGUUCUUGUUCACCGACUGAAAAUGACCGUGGACCCGGCGGACAGCAGCUACAUGCCUUCCCUGGUGGUGGUGUCAGGCGGGAAUUCCCUGAAUAACCUAAUCGAACUAAAGACAAUCAAUAUCAACUCUACCGACACCACAGUGCCCCUUCUGAGCGACUGCACGGAGUAUCACAGGUACAUCGAAAUCGCCAUAAAGCAGUGCAGGAGCUCCGGCAUCGACUGCAAGAUCCACGGGCUCAUCCUGCUGGGGCGCAUCCGCCCGGAGGAGGAGGAUUUGGCUGCGGUCCCGUUCUUGGCAUCAGACAAUGAGGAGGAAGAGGAUGAGAAGGGCAGCAAUGGGAGCCUUGUCAGGAAGAAGGCGGCGGGGCUGGAGUUGGCGGCCACAAUCAGGACGAAGGUGUUUGUGUGGGGGCUGAACGACAAGGACCAGCUGGGCGGCCUGAAGGGCUCUAAGAUAAAGGUUCCCUCGUUCUCCGAGACGCUGUCUGCUCUGAAUGUGGUUCAGGUGGCUGGCGGCUCUAAGAGUUUGUUUGCAGUGACCUUGGAGGGAAAGGUGUACGCCUGUGGAGAGGCCACCAACGGCCGGCUGGGGCUCGGCAUGUCCAGUGGGACUGUGCCCAUCCCGCGCCAGAUCACGGCGCUCAGCAACUACAUGGUCAAGAAGGUGGCCGUGCACUCAGGCGGCCGACACGCCACAGCGCUCACCGUCGACGGGAAGGUGUUCUCCUGGGGGGAAGGUGACGACGGCAAGCUGGGACACUUCAGCAGGCUGAACUGCGACAAGCCGCGGCUGAUCGAGGCGCUGAAAAGCAAGCGCAUCCGGGACAUCGCCUGUGGGAGCUCGCACAGCGCCGCGCUCACGUCCAGCGGGGAGCUCUACACCUGGGGUCUCGGCGAGUACGGCCGCCUGGGCCACGGCGACAACACGACGCAGCUGAAGCCCAAGAUGGUGAAGGUGCUGCUCGGGCACCGAGUGAUCCAGGUCGCCUGUGGAAGCAGAGACGCGCAGACCCUGGCCCUGACCGACGAAGGCUUGGUCUUCUCCUGGGGUGACGGCGACUUUGGAAAACUGGGCCGCGGAGGAAGCGAGGGCUGCAACGUGCCCCAGAACAUCGAGAGGCUGAACGGGCAGGGCGUGUGCCAGAUCGAGUGUGGCGCCCAGUUCUCCCUGGCGCUCACCAAGUCGGGAGUGGUGUGGACGUGGGGCAAGGGGGACUACUUCCGGCUGGGCCACGGCUCAGACGUGCACGUGCGGAAGCCGCAGGUGGUGGAAGGGCUCAGGGGGAAGAAGAUCGUGCACGUGGCCGUCGGGGCCCUGCACUGCCUGGCGGUCACGGACGCGGGACAGGUGUACGCCUGGGGGGACAACGACCACGGCCAGCAGGGCAACGGCACGACCACCGUGAACAGGAAGCCCACGCUGGUACAGGGCCUGGAGGGCCAGAAGAUCACGCGAGUGGCUUGCGGGUCGUCGCACAGUGUGGCGUGGACGACUGUUGACGUGGCCACGCCUGCCGUCCACGAGCCCGUCCUGUUCCAGACCGCAAGGGACCCUUUAGGUGCUUCCUAUUUAGGUGUGCCUUCCGAUGCCGACUCCUCUGCUGCCAGUAACAAGAUCAGCGGUGCGAGUAAUUCCAAGCCAAAUCGUCCUUCUCUUGCCAAGAUCCUCCUGUCCCUAGACGGCAACCUGGCCAAGCAGCAGGCCUUAUCCCACGUACUGACCGCGCUGCAGAUCACGUACGCCAGAGACGCCGUGGUGGGGGCCCUGAUGCCGGCCGGCAUGAUCGCCCCAGUGGAGUGUCCCUCGUCCUCCUCGGCACCCGCCUCUGACGUGUCGGCCAUGGCCAGUCCCAUGAACGGGGACGAGUGUGUGCUGGCUGUUGACAUGGAAGAGAGGCUGAGCCCAAGUCCGUGGCAAGAAAAGCGAGGGGAGAUUCUCUCCUCUGAGGACGCUGUCACCCCCUCCGCAGUGACCCCAUCUGCUUCCUCAGCUUCUUCCCGGCCCUUUAUCCCGGUGACCGAUGACCCAGGAGCUGCCAGCAUCAUUGCUGAAACCAUGACCAAAACCAAAGAGGAUGUUGAAAGCCAAAAUAAAGCCUCGGGCCCAGAACCUCAGUCCUUGGAUGAGUUCACGAGUCUGCUGGUCUCGGACGACACCCGCGUGCUGGUUGACCUGCUGAAGCUUUCUGUGUGUGGCCGGGCCGGGGACAAGGGCAGGGAGGUGCUCUCGGCCGUGCUGUCCGGCAUGGGCACCGCCUACCCCCAGGUGGCAGACAUGCUGCUGGAGCUGUGUGUCACCGAGCUGGAGGACGUCGCCACAGACUCACAGAGCGGCCGCCUGUCCUCCCAGCCCGUGGUGGUGGAGAGCAGCCACCCCUACACAGACGACACCUCCUCCAGUGGCACCGUGAAGAUCCCAGGCGCAGAAGGACUCAGGGUGGAGUUCGACCGGCAGUGCUCCACGGAGAGGCGCCACGACCCGCUCACCGUCAUGGACGGCGUCAACAGGAUCGUCUCCGUGCGCUCAGGCCGAGAGUGGUCCGACUGGUCCAGUGAGCUGCGGAUCCCGGGAGACGAGCUGAAGUGGAAGUUCAUCAGUGAUGGGUCCGUGAACGGGUGGGGCUGGCGCUUCACGGUCUACCCCAUCAUGCCAGCGGCAGGCCCUAAAGACCUGCUUUCUGACCGCUGCGUCCUCUCCUGUCCGUCCAUGGACUUGGUGACGUGUCUGCUCGACUUCCGGCUCAAUCUGGCCUCCAACAGAAGCAUCGUCCCGCGCCUGGCCGCGUCGCUGGCAGCGUGCGCGCAGCUGAGCGCCUUAGCUGCCAGUCACAGAAUGUGGGCCCUGCAGAGGCUGCGGAAGCUGCUGACGACUGAAUUCGGACAGUCAAUCAACAUCCACCGGCUGCUGGGGGACAGUGACGGGGAGGCGAGAGCUCUGAGUCUCACAGGCAGCGCCCUGGCCGCUCUGGUGAAAGGCCUUCCGGAAGCUCUGGAGCGGCAGUUCGAGUACGAGGACCCUAUCGUGAGGGGCGGCAAGCAGCUUCUCCACAGUCCGUUCUUUAAGGUACUGGUGGCUCUGGCUUGUGACUUGGAACUGGACACGCUUCCCUGCUGCGCCGAGACGCACAAGUGGGCCUGGUUCCGCAGGUACUGCACGGCCUCCCGCGUGGCCGUGGCCCUGGACAAGAGGGCGCCGCUGCCCCGGCUGUUUCUCGACGAGGUGGCGAAGAAGAUCCGGGAGCUGAUGGCAGACAGCGAGAGCAUGGACGUGCUGCACGAGAGCCACGACGUCUUCAGACGGGAGCAGGACGAGCAGCUGGUGCAGUGGAUGAACAGGCGGCCAGAUGACUGGACCCUGUCGGCCGGCGGCAGUGGCACCAUCUAUGGAUGGGGACAUAAUCACAGGGGCCAGCUCGGAGGCAUCGAAGGGGCCAAGGUUAAGGUGCCCACCCCGUGUGAAGCCCUGGCGACCCUCCGACCCGUGCAGUUAAUUGGCGGAGAGCAGACUCUGUUUGCAGUCACGGCCGAUGGGAAGCUCUAUGCCACUGGCUACGGUGCUGGCGGCCGCCUGGGCGUGGGCGGGACGGAGUCAGUGUCCACCCCGACGCUGCUCGAGUCCAUCCAGCACGUGCUCAUUAAGAAGGUGGCGGUGAACUCCGGAGGGAAGCACUGUCUGGCCCUGUCGUCGGAGGGGGAGGUGUACUCCUGGGGCGAGGCGGAAGACGGGAAGCUGGGGCACGGCAACCGGAGUCCGUGUGACCGCCCCCGUGUCAUCGAGUCCCUGCGAGGCAUCGAGGUGGUCGACAUCGCCGCCGGCGGAGCCCACAGCGCCUGCGUCACCUCAGCCGGGGACCUGUACACCUGGGGCAAGGGGCGGUACGGCCGCCUGGGCCACAGCGACAGUGAGGACCAGCUGAAGCCCAAGCUGGUGGAGGCCCUGCAGGGCCACCGCGUGGUGGACGUUGCCUGUGGCAGCGGAGACGCCCAGACCCUGUGCCUCACGGACGACGACACCGUGUGGUCCUGGGGCGACGGUGACUAUGGCAAGCUUGGCAGAGGAGGCAGCGACGGCUGCAAAGUGCCCAUGAAGAUCGACUCCCUCACGGGCCUUGGAGUGGUCAAGGUGGAGUGCGGGUCCCAGUUCUCUGUGGCCCUGACCAAGUCCGGCACUGUGUACACUUGGGGCAAGGGCGAUUACCACAGGCUGGGCCAUGGAUCCGACGACCACGUCAGGAGGCCACGGCAGGUGCAGGGGCUACAGGGGAAGAAGGUCAUUGCCAUCGCCACAGGCUCCCUGCACUGCGUGUGCUGCACGGAGGAUGGUGAAGUGUACACGUGGGGCGACAACGAUGAGGGGCAGCUGGGAGACGGAACAACGAAUGCUAUCCAGAGGCCUCGGCUGGUCGCAGCACUUCAGGGUAAGAAGGUGAACCGCGUGGCCUGUGGCUCGGCGCACACUCUGGCCUGGUCGACCAGCAAGCCUGCCAGCGCUGGGAAGCUGCCCGCACAGGUCCCCAUGGAGUACAACCACCUGCAGGAGAUCCCCAUCGUUGCCCUGCGCAACCGGCUGCUGCUGCUGCACCACCUGUCCGAGGUCUUCUGCCCCUGCAUCCCCAUGUUCGACCUGGAGGGCGCCCUCGGCGAGGCUGGGCUGGGGCCGUCUGUGGGCUUCGACACCCUGCGGGGGAUCCUGAUAUCCCAGGGAAAGGAGGUGGCUUUCCGAAAGGUGGUUCAAGCCACGAUGGUGCGAGACCGCCAGCACGGCCCCGUGGUGGAGCUGAACCGGAUCCAGGUCAAGCGUUCACGGAGCAAAGGAGGCCUGGCAGGCCCUGACGGCACCAAGUCCGUCUUUGGGCAGAUGUGCGCCAAGAUGAGCUCAUUCAGCGCCGACAGCCUGCUGCUGCCCCACCGCGUCUGGAAAGUCAAGUUUGUGGGUGAAUCUGUGGACGACUGUGGUGGUGGCUACAGCGAGUCCAUAGCUGAGAUCUGUGAGGAGCUGCAGAAUGGACUCACCCCCCUGCUCAUCGUGACCCCCAAUGGGAGGGACGAGUCGGGGGCCAACCGCGACUGCUACCUGUUCAGCCCCGCCGCCAGGGCGCCCGUACACACCAACAUGUUCCGCUUCCUGGGCGUGCUGCUGGGCAUCGCCAUCCGCACUGGGAGCCCCCUGAGCCUCAGCCUGGCUGAGCCCGUCUGGAAGCAGCUGGCAGGCAUGAGCCUCACCAUUGCAGACCUCAGUGAGGUGGACAAAGACUUCAUCCCGGGGCUCAUGUACAUCCGUGACAACGAAGCCACGUCAGAGGAGUUUGAGGCCAUGAGCCUGCCCUUCACCGUGCCGAGCGCCAGCGGCCAGGACAUCCAGCUGAGCUCCAAGUACACUCACAUCACCCUGGACAACCGUGCGGAGUACGUCCGGCUGGCCAUCAACUACAGACUCCAUGAGUUCGAUGAGCAGGUGGCUGCCGUCCGGGAGGGGAUGGCCCGAGUCGUGCCUGUCCCCCUCCUUUCUCUGUUCACUGGAUACGAGUUGGAGACGAUGGUAUGCGGCAGCCCGGAUAUCCCCCUGCACCUUCUCAAGUCGGUGGCCACGUACAAAGGGGUGGAGCCGUCCGCGUCCCUGACCCAGUGGUUCUGGGAGGUGAUGGAGUCCUUCUCCAACACCGAGCGCUCCCUCUUCCUCCGCUUCGUGUGGGGCCGCACCCGGCUGCCCAGGACCAUUGCCGACUUCCGGGGCCGAGACUUCGUCAUCCAGGUGCUGGACAAGUACAACCCUCCUGACCACUUCCUUCCCGAGUCUUACACCUGCUUCUUCCUGCUGAAGCUGCCCCGCUACUCCUGUAAGCAGGUGCUGGAGGAGAAGCUGAAGUACGCCAUCCACUUCUGCAAAUCCAUAGACACGGACGAUUACGCCCGCAUCGCCCUCACGGGGGAGCCGGCUGCCGAGGACAGCAGCGAUGACUCGGAGAACGAGGACGCAGAGUCAUUCGCCUCAGACUCGACACAGGACUACCUGACCGGACACUGAACGGGGCGGAGGGCCGCAGGGGCGCGUGUGGGGACGGCAUCCCCUCCCAGAUGGACGGGCGGGGGGGCCUGUCACUCGGGGCCAAGUGCUGCUGGACAUCUGCCUGGCUCUUGGCCCUGGGUGGACACUAGCGUUGCGGAGACGCAAAGGGUGUCUUCACCUGCAAUGCUGCAUCACGUGUUGGACUCUCGUGUUUACUAAAGAGUGUAAAUGUUUAUAUAAAUACUGACCUGCAGCCUCCCAGAAACAAAUAAAAAACCUUUUUACUUGUGGGUGCAAUA